AUGACAACAGAGAGGUUAGACAAAAGAGAAGACAAGGAACAACUAGAGAGUGUAGAGCAGGUUACAGGGGUGAGGGAGGUGAGGUCAGAGGAAGGAGGAGCAGAGAGUGUAGAGCAGGUUACAGGGGUGAGGGAGGUGAGGUCAGAGGAAGGAGGAGCAGAGAGUGUAGAGCAGGUUACAGGGGUGAGGGAGGUGAGGUCAGAGGAAGGAGGAGCAGAGAGUGUAGAGCAGGUUACAGAGGUGAGGGAGGUGAGGUCAGAGGAAGGAGGAGCAGAGAGUGUAGAGCAGGUUACAGAGGUGAGGGAGGUGAGGUCAGAGGAAGGAGGAGAAGACAGUGUAGAGCAGGUUACAGGGGUGAGGGAGGUGAGGUCAGAGGAAGGAGGAGAAGACAGUGUAGAGCAGGUUACAGAGGAAUGGAGAGCAGAGGCAGUAGAAGGGCCGAGAGGAAUGAGAGCAGUGGGAACAGAAGGAGUCACCAUCAUAGAGUAUGUGUCUCACAGAGUCACCAUCAUAGAGUAUGUGUCUCACAGAGUCAUCAUCAUAGAGUAUGUGUCUCACAGAGUCACCAUCAUAGAGUAUGUGUCUCACAGAGUCAUCAUCAUAGAGUAUGUGUCUCACAGAGUCAUCAUCAUAGAAGGCGCCAUCAGCCGCACCUGUGGCUCUGCUCCUCCGCACACGGACUGCUUCAGACGGUUUCAGAUCCAAAGGGCCGAGUGCGCCGUCAAAGGUGAGUGUCCCAGUGCGCAUGUGGACAGAGUGGAGCACAGGGACAGGGUGGAGCAUAGGGACAGGGUGGAGCACAGGGAUAGAGUGGAGCACAGGGACAGGGUGGAGCACAGGGACAGGGUGGAGCACAGGGACAGAGUGGAGCACAGGGACAGGGUGGAGCACAGGGACAGAGUGGAGCACAGGGACAGGGUGGAGCACAGGGACAGUGUGGAGCACAGGGACAGAGUGGAGCACAGGGACAGAGUGGAGCACAGGGACAGAGUGGAGCACAGGGACAGGGUGGAGCACAGGGACAGGGUGGAGCACAGGGACAGGGUGGAGCACAGGGACAGUGUGGAGCACAGGGACAGGGUGGAGCACAGGGACAGGGUGGAGCACAGGGACAGGGUGGAGCACAGGGACAGGGUGGAGCACAGGGACAGAGUGGAGCACAGGGACAGGGUGGAGCACAGGGAUAGAGUGGAGCACAGGGACAGGGUGGAGCACAGGGAUAGAGUGGAGCACAGGGAUAGAGUGGAGCACAGGGACAGGGUGGAGCACAGGGACAGGGUGGAGCACAGGGACAGGGUGGGGCACAGGGACAGAGUGGAGCACAGGGACAGAGUGGAGCACAGGGACAGGGUGGAGCACAGGGAUAGAGUGGAGCACAGGGACAGGGUGGAGCACAGGGACAGGGUGGAGCACAGGGACAGCGUGGAGCACAGGGAUAGAGUGGAGCACAGGGACAGAGUGGAGCACAGGGACAGAGUGUAG